CCCACAGCUGAUGCUGCCUAUCGCGAGCCGGACACUCAGACGGAAUAAUCUGUGAUCUGCUCCGUUUGCGAAGCAAAAUCACUUUGUAGAUAAAUAGAUCUAGCGGCACAUAUCAGUAUUUCUAGGAUUCAACCUUUAAUUUUGUCUUUCUACCUCGCUUUUUGCGUAAGCUCGCAUCUAGCUUAUAUCCCUCGAAGUGCUACAACAUUAGGCUUAGAGGACAUCACGGAAGGUUACAGUAUCCGAGUCGAAUAAGCUGUGAAAUACCGGCGAUCGCCUGCAUCUUAGAAAGCGCUAACUCGCUAAAGCGAAAUUCUUACACUAUCAUGACUGAUUCCGUCGUGGACGCGAAGUCGGAGGUAAAGCAGGCCAGUAAAGAAUUUAAGGAGAGUGAAAAUGUGGCGGAGAAGUACUCUGCGCUGACUGUGUGCAAAAAGAGCGAGGCGAGCGCCGGCGAGCUGUCCGCCGCAUUCACUGCGGUCAGCACACACAAGAGCCUCAAGAAGCAGAUUCAGUUCGCCAACCAAGAGGAUAAGCAGGAAUUCAGCAAGUUCCCAACUAAGACGGGCCGCCGCUCCCUGUCUCGAUCCAUCUCCCAGUCCUCCACUGACAGCUACAGCUCUGCUGCCUCGUACACAGACAGCUCAGACGAUGAAACAUCUCCUCGAGAGAAGACUCAGCUCAACUCCAAAGGUAGCAGCGACUUCUGUGUCAAAAACAUAAAACAGGCCGAGUUUGGCCGAAGGGAGAUUGAGAUUGCAGAGCAAGACAUGUCUGCUCUGAUCUCAUUGAGAAAGAGGGCUCAAGGAGAGAAGCCUCUAGCUGGGGCCAAAGUGGUUGGCUGCACCCACAUCACCGCACAGACAGCGGUUCUGAUUGAGACGUUGGUGGCUCUAGGUGCUCAGUGUCGUUGGGCUGCAUGUAACAUCUACUCUACUCAGAAUGAGGUGGCUGCUGCCCUGGCAGAAAUGGGAGUGGCUGUAUUUGCCUGGAAAGGGGAGUCUGAGGAUGAUUUCUGGUGGUGCAUUGAUCGCUGUGUCAACACAGAAGGCUGGCAGGCAAACAUGAUCUUGGAUGAUGGUGGUGACCUCACACACUGGGUAUAUAAAAAGUACCCCAGUGUGUUUAAGAAGAUUCAAGGAAUUGUGGAGGAGAGUGUCACUGGAGUUCAUAGACUUUACCAGCUCUCUAAAGCUGGAAAACUGUGUGUUCCUGCCAUGAACGUCAAUGACUCUGUCACUAAGCAGAAGUUUGACAACCUUUACUGCUGCAGGGAGUCCAUCUUGGAUGGUCUUAAAAGAACCACAGAUGUGAUGUUUGGAGGGAAGCAGGUGGUGGUUUGUGGUUAUGGAGAGGUGGGAAAGGGUUGCUGCUCUGCUCUGAAAGCUCUGGGAGCCAUUGUGUGUGUAACAGAGAUCGACCCUAUCUGUGCUCUCCAGGCCUGCAUGGAUGGCUUUAGGGUCGUCAAGCUGAAUGAAGUUGUGCGCCAAAUGGACAUGGUGAUCACAUGCACAGGGAAUAAAAAUGUGGUAACCCGAGAGCAGCUGGAUCGUAUGAAGAAUGGCUGCAUUGUGUGUAAUAUGGGCCACUCUAACACAGAGAUUGAUGUGGCAAGUCUCAGGACCCCGGAGCUGACAUGGGAAAGAGUGCGCUCUCAGGUGGACCAUGUCAUCUGGCCUGAUGGGAAAAGAGUCAUCCUGCUGGCAGAAGGGCGCCUUCUGAACUUGAGCUGCUCCACUGUGCCCUCAUUUGUGCUUUCCAUCACAGCCACAACACAGGCCCUUGCACUAAUAGAGUUGUACAAUGCACCAGAGGGCCGCUACAGACAGGAUGUUUACCUGCUGCCCAAAAAGAUGGAUGAAUAUGUGGCUAGUUUGCAUCUGCCCAACUUUGAUGCUCACCUUACAGAACUGUCAGAUGAACAGGCCAAGUAUAUGGGCCUUAAUAAGAAUGGACCUUUUAAACCAAACUACUACAGAUAUUAGUUUGUAUGAGUCACAAAGACCUUCAUCAGGGAUGAAGAGACCUGCAUUAUUCAACAAGCCAAGAGAUUUAUUUUCUAUUUACAGUCCAUUUCUAAAAGAAAAACUUGAUUUUAAGUGAAUGUUCUUAUAGUGACACCCAAUAAUCCAUUCUCAUAUCUAUAUCAAUACCUAUAAUUCUGCUCUUCUAGCACUUCAUUAGAGUAACUUAUUCUGUAUGGAAUUAUUAUCUUUAAAUCACAUUAGAAGAGGACCAUAUAUUUUAAAUUGUGCCAUGUAUGGGUAGUGGUGAAGUGUUUUCGGAAGCAUGUUUCGGGGAAUUCUCCUAUUUUUCACUUUGUCGUCAUUUCAGUGCUUAUAUUAUAUGUGUUAUAUGACUAAUCUUUAUGCUACCAGAAAACCAGAAAAAAAAACCACACACUGAAUUUUGAACCCAUUAUUAUCCAUAAUUAUGAAUGAUCUACUUGAUAUUAUGCAUUUUGUCAGCUUUAGGUGUAAGAGUUUUUUUUUUUUUAAUUUCCAAAUAAUUGCUUCUCUAGCACUCCAUCUAAUUUAUUAUUUUAAUAUGCAAACAAUUUUUUUUCUUGAAUAAUAUUUUUUAAAAACAUUACAUGAGAGAUCUACAGAAUAAUUUCAGGCCUAUUUUGUCUUUGCUAUAUAUAUGCUGUGGUAUGUAUAUUACUCCCAAGGGCUAGAGUGCUCAGUUACUGUAUACUUGUUAUACACACAGGGGGUAUCACAACAAUACAUAACCUGCAUGACAUUUAUACAGCUUCCUCCAACUUUUUAAAUAAUAUUUGGUGGCCUUUGACAAACCUUUACUCAUAUUUUUUCCCUAAUUACAUUAGGUCCAUAUGACUUAUAUUCAAUAGUAAUAAACAGUCACUAUCAGUCAUAAGAGUCAUAAUGUUUUAGGCUAUAUACAGAAAUCAGCAAAGCAAUUCCUUAUUUUAAUGUUGAUUUUUACUAUUUUUAGGUAAAGUUUAUUAAAUUUUACUAGCAAACAUUUUGCAGAGCACACACACACACACACAAACACACACACAAAGUUAAUAUAUAAAAUAAACAAAAAGAUCUUAAACAAAUAUCACUGUGAUUGAGUAGACCUGCAUAUUUAUGUACCAGUUCUUAUGUGUUAUAACAUGAUUAUCUUUUAUUAAAUAACAUUCCUUGUCUUGUUUAUCAUUAAAUGUUUGUUCUGUUCCAAAUCUCAA